CUCCUGCGGGAACAGACGGAGACUCGAAUCUACAAGCGGGUGUCGCUGGGCUCGAGUGUUCAGUUGGAAGAAGGUUGCUGCUGGUCGCGUCUGCCGCUGCAAACCUCGCUCACGUUACGCGACUGAACGCGACUAAAGCCGUUAGCCGGCUCAGGCUACUUGCUAACACAAGGGGAUGACAUGCUAAUCCAACUGUCCUGAAAAACACCGGAACGGUCUGGGUCCCUUUUGGCUGGACAUGUCUCACAGACUGACCAAGGAGGAGCUGGACGAAGAGUUUGACCUGUUCCUGAAGGAGUCCGUUUCAGAUGACUCGGACAAGCAGCCCGGCCCUAAAAGCAAACCCUGGUGGCAGGAUGAGCAGCACAGCGGGGGAGCAUCAGGGGGAAAAGAGGAGAGGGCAAAAAGCAAAUUUCUCAAAGCCAAGAGGUCUCAACAUGAGAACAGCAAUGCCUUCAAAAGGCCGGUCCCCAAACCGCGCUGCAAAGCUUUGGAUAAAGCGCUUGUACUGGACACCAGCUCCAAAGGCGCAGUGGGACCCAGAGCUCCAUCCGAUGGCUCUGACAGGGUGAGCAGUGAACUCGGGGAGAGGAGCCCUGAUGAGAGUCCUCCAGACACCUCUGAUAGUCAUUCCCAGGGACACGGUCACCAUGGACUGCUAGGGAAGUCUGAUCGACUGGGGGACGAGGACCCAGGAGACGAGGGGCUGAUAGGAGCUGAUCCCAGCGGAGAGGGGGAGCAGGACUCCAUGAUGGGACCAGCCGCUAACACCACCGCUAUCGGCUUGGACACCAUAGAGGAAGAAGAGGAAAAAGCCCGAUUCUUUGCCCAACUAGAGGCAGGCGCCUCCCCAAAUCUCGAUUACUCCAUUCUGAACCGAGAGCUGGACUCGACGUGUUCUACCACGGCUGCUAACCUCAGGGUCGUCGAGGAAGUGGUGAAGCAGAGUGAUGACGAAAGGAAGGCUGGAGUCCCAGGAUCUCCACAGUACAGUGAGGACUUUGAGGAAGACGACCACGGAGAAGAGCUGCUGGAGCAGAAGUCUAAAAUCUCUCCAAUCCUUGCCAAAGUGUCUCUCCAUGACUCCCUGGACGACACCGGGGGGGGACACGGAGGAAAGGACCCAGCAGGCUCCCUGGACAGAGGCCCGUCGUAUGUGCAGAGCGGCGCUUCCGACAUGGAGGCUCUUCAUGAGGCCUACAGACAGAUCCACGUGGUGGAGCCUUCCGAUCACCAGCACCCAUCUAUGGAAGGGAUGGGAAGGGCUGAACACUCCGUUCAGCCCGCGUCAACCAACGACUCAGAUCUUCCCACUGCAGAAGAGUUGAUGAGAGUUAUUCGGCCAGAGAAGGAGGUUAUCAGUGCUGGAGGACUUGAGGACCAACCACACUUCUUGGAAAGAGGUUUCCCAGAUUUGACGUCUCAAGAGUCCCGACCAAAGCCAGCGGCCGAGGCUGGCCGCGUAGCAGGAACACAGGCAGCCCGGGGGCUAUCCAGCCCCCCAGACCCGCCCAGCCUGACCUGGAGCGUCAGACAGGAAGUAGAGGAGCUGCUGUCCGCUCAGGCCGCAAAAGAAAAGAACGAGCCGGCUGCGCCUGGAUCCAGAGCUUCUCAUCCCUCUACGCCCCCAAUGCGGAAUCCCGCUGCCCCCGGGAGAGGCAGCAGGCUGCAGGGGAGAACAGCAGGGACCUCCAGGUCCUCAGGGCCGGGUGGAGCUGCUGCGUCAGCCAGAACUCCGCCUUCUGCCUCCCGUCCUCUGCAACACCCACGAGAAAAAGCCAAAUCCACAAAGAGCCAAGAAAAAGAGCACCACACAGAGGCGGGUCUGAAGGUCAGCGGGGAGCUGGUGGCGUCUGUUCAGUCCUUGGUGUCUGUCCUCCGACAGCAGAUAGACCGCAGCAGUCAGCAGGACGUCCCCAGAGCGGCGCAGGACAGGGAGGAGGACGGCUCUCUGGUGCAGGAGCUCAGAGGCCAGCUGGCUCACAAAGAGAGGGAGCUGCAGCUGAUGAAGGAAGGCGCCGGAGAAAUCAACACUCUCAGACAGCAGAACUACCUUCUGCAAAUCAAGCUGCAAAGUGCAGAAGAAGCCAGUCGGAAGACGAGAUGGAGGAUUGAGGCCACUGACUUGGCUCCAGAAGAAAAGCUCCAGCAGAUCGAUAAGGAAAUAAAGGAGCAGGAGACGCUCAUCAAAGGUUACCAGCAGGAGAAUGAGAAGCUGUAUUUGCAGAUGAAGGCUCAGCAGGCCGAGAGUAAAGCAAACGAGGAGGCCAUGUGUAGUGAAACCCAGAGGCUGCUCAAUGAGCUGGCUUCCACAAGGGAGCAGCUGAAUAAACCCUCCAGGACUGUGGGAAGUGUGUGCUUAGUGGAUCACACGCAACGCAUUGCAGACUUGUUAGCCCAGCUAAAUGCAUUACAGAGGAACGAGGCCAAGCUGUCUGAGGACUUCCACAGAGUGAAGCAAGAAAAGCAGGCCCAGGAGGUGGACCUGCAGCUGGUGAAGAAAGAGAGGGACCUAGCUAGAGCUCAGGCCGUGUCAGCCUCAGUUGAGAUGCGCGUGUUGGAGGAGAAGCACAGAGAAGAAGUGGUGGCCUUGAGGAAGAAGCUGCAGUGGUUUGCUGAGAACCAGGAGCUGCUGGACAGAGAUGCUGGCAGACUGACGGCUGCUACGUCUGAGAUACACCAACUGCAGGAGCAGGUAGAGAGGCUGAAAGUGGAUGUGGACAAAAGAGGCAGUGAGCAGCAGAGGAAGACCAAAGAGAAAACGGUGGACACUAAGAGGAUGCAGGAUCUCCAGCAACAGGUCAAGGAGCUGGAGCAGAUACUGAGACGCAGAAACCCAAACUCCCUGCCUGCUCUGAUGUACGCUGCAGCCGCGGCUGGCUGUCAGGAGGAUGUAGCUGCUAAGACGCCCCCACCACCCAGCAGGGUCACUGCCCUGCUGGAGCGCAGGAUCCAGCAUCUGGAGGCUGAGCUGGAGGGCCACGAUGAGGAGGCCAAGCGCGGCCUGAGGGCCAUGGAACAACAGUUCAACAGGAUCAAGCUCCACUACGAGCAGCAGAUUGCUGAACUGGAACAGAAGCAGCAGCUGCAAGCCCUGCGUCCCGAUCAGCCGCGGACGUCUCAGGCUGGACCUGUGGAGGAAAACCAUCAGCAGAGAGAACGCUGCCUGCAGGACCAGAUUGAGUCUCUCCAGCAGCAGGCCCAGUCCAGUCCAGGCCGACACCAGCGCCAAGCCGAGGCGGCGUCCGGCGCCAGGAUACAGCGGCUGAACCGAGACCUCGCCUCGAAGACGCGCACCAUUCAGGAUCUCUGCCGCACUGUGGAGAGACUGCAGAAGGAGAGGAGGAACGUGACAUCUGCCCCCAACCCACAAGCAGAAAGCGGUCCUACGGAGACGAAGAGACUAGUCCGCUCAGCCAAACCUCUCCGCUGCUCUGGUGUUGGAGGAGAAGAAACGUUUCCAGCCGCUCGUUGUGAGAAGACCUACCAGCCCACGGCCUUCACAGGCAGUCACAUCUCCGAGGUCGUGCAGGAGAACGAGACUCUGAAACGCCGCGUGGAGCAGCUGCAGCUGCAGAGCGAGCAGGAGAAGAAGGCCUUGCGAGCUGAUUGUGAACGGGCCGAGGAGGAGCUGUGCAGGCUGGCGGGGCACUCUGCAGAGCAGCUGUCCUCCAUGAGAGCAGAGCACCUCAGGGUGCUGGACCAGCUGCGUGCCAGCCACGCCCUGGAACACUCGUCCUCAAAGGUCGCUGAAUUGACCAAUAAGCUCAGCGCUCAGGAGAUAACGGUGAAACAUUUGCAAGACCGGCUGAAAGAGAUGCAGGGAGUCAAAGAGGCUCUGGUGAUAUCCAGGACCAGAGAGGAUGCUCUGCAGAAGCAGCUGACCGGACUGCUGAAGGAGCUGAAGGAAGCUAAAGAAGCUCAGAGUCCAGAGGUGAAGCUCCUGUGUGGCCUCGAGAGGAAGAUAGUCAACAUGGAGCUGCGGCACCAGCACAGAGAGAAGGAGCUGCAGCAGGUGGUGGUUGGCUCGUGGCAGACGUCGGAGGCUGAGAGCUGGAAGCGUCUCGCUCAGGACAAGAGCAGAGAGUUGGAGGCUUUCCGUCUGGAGUUGGACUCCAUCUUGGACAUCCUGAGACAUCUCCAAAGACUGGGAGUGGUCCUCCCCCACUCCUGACCCCUCCUCCCCCAGAGGAGUUAUUGCACCACGAGGUUUGACUGCUGUCUGUUAGCUAAUGAGCUAAUGAGCGUCUCAAGGUCAGAAUGAAGGACCCGGAUCCUGGUCCUCACCAGAUGCAUUAUUAUUAAAGCUCAGAGAGAGAAACACGUCUUUGUUCACAUACUGUACUGCUCUUCUUAGUUUUAGGUAUAUGUUGGAGCUGAGAUGUUUAUUUCAAUUAUUGUAACUUUUUUAAGGCCGUGUUUGGGAAACUUACUGUAAAAUGUCCCUUGUUUUAGGAGUCCAACUAAAUACUUCAUUACUUUACUUUCAGUACACCGUUCUCCUUCCCUCUCCGAUUCUGUAAAACAUGUUUAAUUAAAGAAUUAAACAGAUUCAAAACUGGAACUUUUAAAAAAAAUCUAUAAUAAACGAUAAGACGGUGA